CCUCCCGCGGGGCCGCGCUGGGGCGGCGGGAGCGGCGGACGCGAUGGCGCGCUGAAUGCCGGGCCACAGCCCUCGCCGCCCGCUCGGCCGGGGCCGCCCCCCGCCCCCCGGAAACAUUGGGGAAGCUGUCUCCGAACUCCGCCAAGAUCUUUGCUUUGGAAGUCCCGGGAAAUGGGACCCGCGAGAUGCACACUCACCACACACCCAGAAAUUGCCAGCAGGCUUCUAGGGGGAAGCUCUUUGUACCAGUCUGAGGAGGCUUCAAAUAGAAUUUGCGACCCAGAGGCGAGGAGUCCUGCCAGGUCCCGGUUGGCCUCCUUGACACCCAGGCACACCCAUCUCAGUAUCACCGACUUGGCUUUGGGAGGUCGUUUAGGACAGAAAGACUUUAAGUUUCCGAACUGGCUUGUGGACAGCGCCUAUAAAUCUGGAAAAUUCAGGUGAUGAGUAUUUGGGGCUAACUAUUCAAAUGUGGUAUGUAGGCUCAGACACUUUGAACGGGUAGCAAAUCAGCACCACUCUGCUCUGGCCCUGAUUCCCUGUGAGUGAAUACUCAAUGGGAAACUUCUGCCUGUCACUGCACUGUUCCACACCUCUUCCUGGAAUGCUCACCCCCUGUUCUCAGUUCUGCCCUUCUGCACAGACGGUCUCUGAAAACUAGUCUGGUCUCCGUGUCACAGAAAGCUUUUCCAGUGUUUGAAGCUAGCCAGAUAUAUUCUCUGCCCACGGCCCCUCUAAUAAUAAUGAGAUAAGCCACCUUCCCUGAAUCCCUCCCUUCUAGCUGAAAGCAGACAAUGCUUUGAACUUAACAGGUUGGUGUGUACCCAGCCGCGAACCAAAAGUUCACACUGACACCUGGUUUGCCUACUAAAUCUUGGGUGCAGAGAUGGAGUCCCCAGCAUACCCUCUAAAUUUGACCCUGAAAGAAGAGCAAAAAGAAGAGAUUCAGAUCCGGGAAUUGGAGGAUGACCCCAUACAUAUGCAGAAAGUACAGAUCAGCUCAGAAGGCACAUGGGUUCCAGCCCUAUUUAAUGAGGUGGCCAUCUAUUUUUCUGAUGAGGAGUGGGAAGUUCUGACGGAGCAACAAAAAGCCCUCUACCGGGAAGUCAUGAGGAUGAACUAUGAGACUGUCCUGUCCCUGGAAUUCCCAUUCCCUAAGCCAGACAUGAUCAGUCGGUUGGAAAGGGAAGAGGAGUUUCCUAAAUCUGAUGAGUGGCGGCUCCAGGGAGUAACCAUUGCAGAAAAUGAAGAACCUGACUUUAGGACUCCAGAUUGGGCAAGCGCAGUGAAUGCCACCUCCCAUUUUCCUCAACCUCAGCACCUCAACAGCUUUGUCCUGCAUCUGCCUCGGGAUAUCACUGAACUGCCUGAGUGGAGUGAGGGGUACCCUUUCUACAUGGCCAUGGGCUUCCCAGGGUAUGACCUCUCGACCGACGACUUAGCUAGCAAGUUUCAGUUCAGUCGGGGCAUGCGUCGCAGUUAUGAUGCAGGGUUCAAGCUGAUGGUGGUGGAGUACGCUGAGAGCACCAAUAACUGUCAGGCUGCCAAGCAGUUUGGGGUGUUGGAAAAAAACGUUCGCGACUGGCGCAAAGUGAAACCACAGCUCCAAAAUGCCCAUGCCAUGCGGCGGGCAUUCCGAGGCCCCAAGAAUGGAAGGUUUGCCCUGGUAGACCAGCGUGUGGCUGAGUAUGUCAGAUACAUGCAGGCCAAAGGGGACCCAAUCACCAGGGAGGCCAUGCAGUUGAAAGCUCUUGAAAUUGCCCAGGAGAUGAACAUUCCAGAGAAAGGGUUCAAGGCAAGUCUGGGCUGGUGUCGAAGAAUGAUGAGAAGGUAUGACCUGUCUCUGAGGCACAAAGUGCCAGUCCCUCAGCACCUGGCCGAGGACCUGACUGAGAAGCUGGUCACCUACCAGCAGAGCGUGCUGGCUCUGCGCCGGACACAUGACUAUGAAGUAGCACAGAUGGGCAAUGCAGACGAGACACCCAUCUGCUUAGAGGUGCCCUCGAGAGUGGCUGUCGACAACCAGGGGGAAAAGCCCAUCUUGGUCAAGACGCCAGGCAGGGAGAAACUGAGGAUCACAGCCAUGCUAGGUGUCUUGGCUGAUGGGAGGAAGUUACCCCCUUACAUCAUUUUAAGGGGGACAUACAUUCCGCCUGGGAAGUUCCCCAGUGGCAUGGAAAUCCGCUGCCACCGCUAUGGGUGGAUGACUGAGGACUUGAUGCAAGACUGGUUGGAAGUUGUGUGGAGACGGAGAACUGGAGCUGUGCCCAAACAGCGAGGGAUGCUGAUCUUGAAUGGCUUCCGGUGCCACGCCACUGACUCUGUGAAGAGUUCCAUGGAGAGUAUGAACACAGACAUGGUGAUCAUCCCAGGGGGCCUGACCUCCCAGCUGCAGGUUCUGGAUGUGGUGGUCUAUAAGCCACUGAAUGACAGUGUCCGGGCCCAGUAUUCCAAUUGGCUUCUGGCUGGGAACCUGGCACUGAGCCCCACUGGGAACGCCAAGAAGCCACCCCUGGGCCUCUUCCUGGAGUGGGUCAUGGUUGCAUGGAACAGCAUCUCAAGUGAAUCAAUUGUGCAGGGGUUCAGAAAGUGCCACAUAUCCAGCAACUUAGAGGAGGAAGGUGACGUCCUAUGGGAAAUUGAGAGCGAGUUGCCCAGAGAACCACCAAAAGAAUGUGAUCCUGCAAGUGUGGCUGAGGGCAACUGAGAGAAGACUCAGGUAACUGGUCAGGAAUAGCUCCUCCACCACCACUGACACCCCUGGUCAUGUCUAGCACUUACCUUUUUUAUGGGUGUUAGUUUUCUCUUUUCAAGUUCUCUUUAAAUAAGCCUGCCAUGCCACAGUGUAGACAGAUCAGCACUUUCCCUCUCAUCAGAAACAGAUCUGUAUUUUGUCCUGUGGCCUGAAUCCAGGAGUGCUCAUGUAAUCAAUGGGUAAGAUGGGCAAGGAGCAGUCCGAACCCUUCACAUGAGAGCAGCUCCACUGCAGAAAGUUACUUGGCCCAAAGAGCAUAGUCCGACAUUGGUUCCCAGGAAGGUUGUCUGAAGAGACGACUUUCUUCUGACGUGCAGUCUGUCUGCUUGCAUUACUUACAUAGUUGCACUGCCUUUUGCUGAUGUGCAGGACCAUGACUCAGGAGAGAAUGGAGUAUGCCUUUAGUACAGUGACCUCUAGGCUCCAGGCAUGUACUAGGGAGAUCGUUAUAAUUUUCAUGCUCACCAGGGAGAUGGUGAUAUGUAUUGCUUGCUUUCAUCUAGGGAAUGUUGAGAGUUUCUAAACAUCUUAGUCCAUGGAACCUCAGCUGGGGUGAGCCAUUACAGUCAGUUCCUGUUGUCAGCAGAUAUCUGAAGGAAGGUGUUCUUGAAUUGAAUCUUUGAAGGGCUGCAAAGCUGGCUCAGCAGUUAAGAGCAUACUGUGCUUGCACAGGACCAGAAUCUGACUCCCAGCACCUGGAUCCUGCAGCUCAUGACCACCUGCACCCUCAUUUCGGGGGUCCAAUGAGCUCUUUAGACUCCAGUGCACCCACAGUCACAUGCCCUUUUCACACAGAGAAGCACAUUAUUUAUGUCAUUAAAAGUAAAUCCUGGGUUAGAGAGAUGGCUCAGCAGUUUAAAGAGUGCUUACCGUUGGUUCUUGCAGAGGACUGGGGUUCAUUUCCCAGUGCCCAUACAACAGCUCGUAACCAGCUGUAACUCCAGUUCCAGGGGAUGUAACACCCUCUUCUGACCUCUGCCAGCUCUGCAUGUAUAUGAUGCACACAGACCCCUGCACACUCACACAUGCACAGAAAAAGGACUCUGCCUCAGAAACAGUCCUCUAGUGAGGAAAGUGAGCGCCUAAGGUCAAGUGGGGUGGUAUGCAGAAGAGGGGCAACUUUGGAAGAAAACGGGAUGGGAGCCUAGCAGAGCCCACCCUAGCAAAAUCCCACAUCCCCUGUACACACACCUUGAGCAAGCAGGAGGGCCUGAGUAAGGGACAGCACAGGCAACUUACACCAUUCUCAUUUUCCUUCAGUCCACCUGCAUACUUCGAAAAGUGGCCAGCUCUAACGAGAGGACUAAAACUAACUUAAUGUACCUUUACUUGAUUUAAAAAUAAGUCUAUUGUUACAUCUUACUUCUGCCCCCCACCUCCACCAUGCAAGGACAAGGCUAACAGAAAUCUCCACCCUCUGUGCUGUGUAAGCACAGACUCCUUAGUGGCAUAUCCCUUCUUCUUGCUCUCCUAUCUCAUCGUACUCUAAACACUGAGCCCUAGACUUAGGGCAGAAUAAGCACUUAAAACUGAAAAUGCUGUCUUCCCACGCCCCUACUCUUUCUAAAGCCCCGUGGAUUCAGGCUCCUUUUCUGCUGACCACUCUCCUGCCCCAGUUGGAUAUCUGACUGAGUUGCAGUUGUUUUGUCUUUUUUCUUGCUUUCUCCCUCUCUGUUAGAAAACAUUUUCAAUUUUCUAAGCAACUUGCCACUCCAGGAACCCAGUCAAAAACUAUCAGAGAAGGAAAGUGCAGAAAACCGUGCUAAGCCAUGCUGUUCACACUGGUACUCACACCUCACAACAGCAUGCGUUUCUAUUCCUCCAGAUGCUACUAUCCACAGCUGCUGGGGGAGUGAUGGAAACAGACAGGAUUCACAGCAAAGUGGAGAGUUCAGGAGAUACAGGCAUUAAACCACCUACUGUUGUGGAAUAGGAUACUAUUUUUGUUAAAAGACAUCCAGAAAUCCAAGCUAAUUCAUACAUAGGUUCUCAUUGUUUUCCAACAAAUGGAACUGAAACAGUUGGAAGAAAAAAUUUUAAGAAGAUGGCUGCAGAGGGACCAGAAAGGUCAGUGGGGCUCUCUAGGUCUGGACAGCAGCAUGAGCACCCAUCAACGACAGUCCUGCCCACCUGUCAGGUGUCAGCCAAGUAUAGGACCCUUAGGUUCAGUGACAGGAUUAGAGAAGAAACUUUAUGCCCAUUUCUUCUUUCAGAGCUGGCUCCAUCUGCCCAUUAUGGAAGCCUGUAAACACAAGUGAACAAGGGUAUCUUCUGGAGAAGAGAACACCUGUCUAACACCAAGAUGCACUAUCACCACAGCUCUCGUGGUGUCCUUUCUGUGGAGAAGAAAC